UUUCUCUUAGUCAAUUAGUCAGUGUCGAUUGUCGAUCUGCCUAGUAUUGGCAAGUAUCGGCAGAUAAUUUGCUGUAAUCAUAAGGCAGAUUACAGACGAACAAAUGCUUUUGAAGUCCUUGGUACAUGUUGAGUGAUGCUCUAGUUCAAACAUCGUCGCUGAGAAGAAAACAAACAAGAUGAAUGCAACAGUAGACGGUAAAAGAAUACAGGAUCUUCCACCGAAAGGAGGCUAUGGUCACAUACAAACGGAAAGAAUAAAAUUACGCAGCAUUGUCGGCGCUAGAAGCACAAUUGCGUUGUUCCUAGCCACCACGUUCGGCGGACUGUAUGCCUAUUACCUAAGUUUCAAACAAGUUAGACGUCAACAGAUUGAGAUGAGAAGUGCACGUUGGGCUAUAUUUCCAGCAUUGUUGGCGGAACGAGAUAGAGCUGUCUUGAAACAAAUGAGACGUAAUCGCGACAUCGAGACAGAAUUGAUGAAAAAUGUUGAAGGAUGGGAAGUGGGAACAUACUAUGGAGAACCGAUAUACUUUUUGGACGAUCCAAAUCAGUAUAGAGAUCCAAUUAUCCUCGAACAUUUUGCGCAUUCUGAUCCAGAUUCAUAUUGCGAACGAAUUGAACGUCAUUUGUGGAUCUAAUAAUGUGACAAAAUCGGAAAGUAGUAUGUUAAUAACGAGUAUAAUUAUUGCGAGUUAUAAUUAUGAAUAAUCUUUUUAAAUUAUAAGUUACAAUAAAGUCGUAAUAUUUCUGU